AAAUUCAACAUGGCGUCCUGAUCGAUGGUGUUGUGGAGUUGCCCAAUCUUAUUUGUUUCUCGAUAAUCAAGGCCUUUCUCUCUUCCGUAACUUCACUUAUUCGUUAUCACCUUAAUUCUGUUUAAUGAGCGAUGGCGACAAUGGAUGGGUAUAAAAGCCGACAGUUUUUUACUCUUUUGUUGAACUGGCUGAGUUACGCGUCAACCUACUUGCUUCGCAAACCAUUAGGAGUGGUAAGAAUCGCAUCAACCUCUCUGAACAUCCAGUCUUACAAACUAUAAAUUAAUAUAAAACAUGUUAAAUUAUUUUCCUUAGAAGACGUCUAAUAUCCAGAUAUUCGAGGUCAUAGAAAGUUAAAAAUAGCAAAUUAAAUAUUGGUUGUGGGCUUAAAAUUCAGCAGAGCGUUUCGCUUUUGAAUCUGUUUUGCAUUUAUUUGACGAGGUUGUAAGUAAGUAACGCCUUGAUUUAUCAGAGGAGUUUGGAGGAGAUGAAAUGGAAACAUCAUGAAUUUGAUCAAAUCGUUAAUUUCCAACUUAGAAAGGUAGCCAUGACAACUAGUUUUUUUCCAAAAUAUCUUCUACCUUGUUACUUCAAAAGUAAAACAAAAAACAAAAAGAAAAAUAGAAAAAAAAAAGACUCUUGGGGCUCGUUAUUUAAAUAAAGUUUAGCUGCAGCUUAACUAAAAUGCAUUCUAAACUAUAUUUAAUUUAGACAAACCUUUUAUCUGAACAGUUUUUUUUUGUGAUUAGUGUUAAGAGGGCUGAAAGCUAAGAGUGAAAGGAAAUUUAUUUAACCCUUUGUUAAACUCCCAGAAGUGAUCAACUUGAAACUUCUUCCCAUAAUAUCCUUACAUUAUCCAGUAAAUAGGUAAUGAAAAUAUUUAAACUUAUCAGGUAGAAGUUGUUAACUUGAUCUAACACAAAAUUCUCAGAGCUAAAUUUACAAGGAAAUGGGAAGCUGGUAAUGGGGAGAAUUAACAAUCAGAUUGUGGAAGUUAAUGAGUGAAAGGAAUGUAAUUAGAUAAUACUUAAAGCUUGAUGCUUGUGUAAAAACUGCAGUUUGGGUUAGACCUCCUUUAAAUAACUAGCACUUCAUGAUUUAUGAGGAACUUUCAAAGUUGAGCCCUGAGCCAUGUUGAUUUGGCAGAUCUUACAACUUAAUUCUAUAUCUCUGACCUUUUUUUGGUAUUUUGAAAGAAAUAUACUUAUUUUUUGGUAUCUGUUUGGUGCAUAUUAAGACAAUUAUUCACCUCAGAAAUGGUGAAAAGUGUUGGUUAAAUAUCUCACUGCUUUGCCGUGUGAUAAAUACCCACCACUAAUCACCUCCACUUGGGUGAAUAAUUUUUAAAUAUGAAGAUCUUUCCAAAGUUUGAACUGUUACCUCUUCUGCGUUGCUUGCCCAGUUAACUGCUAUUUUUUUCAGGGAAUUUUUCUGAAUUUAAUUACUCAAUAAGUAAAAGUUUGUUUUGUGUUUCCUGUGCAUCAAUCAUGUCUAGGUCAAAGCAGAUAUGGCUAAAGUAUACAAUUUAUCAAGAACACAACUUGGUUUUUUGGACACAGCUUUCUUAUUGCCAUAUGCUGUUAUGCAGGUAUUCAAUUCAGACUGCUGUUAAUUAACCUUAGAUUAAGUUGGUAUAUUCUCCACACUGUUCUAUAUACAUGUCCUAAGGUGCUGAUGUGGAGAACUUGUCUAAGAAUCAAGGGCUUCUUUAGUUGCUGAUCAUGUUCUUUAUUCUCGCUACCUAAUGUUUGAUUGAGGGGUUUUAUUGUAAGAAGAAAUUAGAUUCCGGUCACUCUCAUGGGUCAAAGGGUUGAGAAGGGUAAUCACAAUGAGGUUAGUAGGGUCUUCCAAAAAGUGGUCAUUGUAAUGCAAGAAAACAUCUUCCUGGGAUUAAUAUCACGCUGCAAUAAUCUGAGUCAUCCAAAGGCAAGAAUACAGAGUUGUGUGGCUGGAAUUGUUAGUUUGGCUCUUUGUCUUUCAGGCAAGACUGCCUUACCAUCUCGCCAGUCUCAAUUUUGUCUUUAGUUACUAACCAACUGUCAGAUUCAAACUAAAUUUCUUGCACUGAAAUGGUGUUAAUUCUGGUUUUUUUGUUUUGGUCACAGAUUUACAAGUUUUAAGCCAACAACAAAGAGCUUUCAAGUAAACUUAACCCUUAACACCUCAACAUCAGUAUGCAAAUUCUCCAUACUCCUCUUAGCUUUAUACAUUAGUUUCCUUUGGUACUCACAAAGAGAAUUUGUUCAACAAUCAAAGCUUCUUAGGAUUCACAAUCAUUUCCUUUAUUCUCAUGAACUUCUUUGUAUGAUUCAGCAGUAUAACUGUAAGAAGAAAUAAGAUACUGGUUGCUCUUAAGAUUUAUUUACCCUUUACUCACUAACAUCAGUAUGCAUAUUCUCCACACUAAUCCCAAGACAUUUCCUAGGAUUCUGACAAGGAGAAUUUGUUCAACAAUCAAGAGAUUCUUUAGUUGGUGAUCAUUUCCUUUAUUCUCAUGACCUUAAUGUUUGAUUCAGGGGUGAUAUUGUAAGGAGAAAUUAGAUGUUAGUCACUCUUAGGGGUUAAAGGGUUAACCUAUGCAUUUACACCCUUAAAUCAGUAUCAAUAGUCUUCAUACUCCUCUCUAUCCAUUUUCUUUUAGUACUGAAAAAGAGAGUUUGUUUAAAAUUAAAGCUUCUAAGGUUGCUGAUCAUUUACUUUAUUCUCAUGAUCUUAAUGAAUGACACAGCAAUAUAACUGUAAGGAGAAAUUAGAGGCUGAUCACUCUUCUGAUUUAAAGGGUUAAGAUGUUUAUUGAAUGCAUUUUUGAUUGUUAGUUAUUUUAACAGGUAUUCUCAUUAUUUAUAGAUGACAUUAUCAUCAUUUGGUGACAAAUAUGGGCCUCGGAGAGCAUUGGCUGUUUGUUUGAUAUGCUCUUCACUAUCAAUGGUGAGGCAGAAUAACAUGUGUUUAUUCUGACUUUCAGUUAGUAUUUUUUAUCACAAUUAGAAGUUAUGUUGCAAUCUGAUUGGCUUAUUUGCUGUUGCCUAUAAGAAUACCGACAGUUACUACUUGUUGAUAUUUUGUAUCUAUUUAUUCUUAUCACCUUUCUGAUUAAAAGAAUAUAGCUGUUGUAAUAUGAAAUUUCAUUUUAAUCACUCCUGGGUGAACUAAAGGACUUUUACAAUUUUAAAAGGUUGACCAUUGCCCAGACUAUAAUGUUCAAUGAAAUUAAUUCUGACUUGAGAUUAUAAUUUUUAUUGAAAGUCAUGAACUUUGUUUCCUUUUAUUUUGGUUACUGAUAACAGAUCUAAAGAAAAAGGGCUUCUUAUGAACAAAAUCCUCAAAACCCAAGGCACGCAUGUACACAUAUGCUGAUAUUUUUGAUGAGUUACUGACAAUAAUUGUUGUCUAACUUUCAUUUGUUUUUAGAUUUCCUUUGGUUACUGGAACAGCGUAUUCAUGUUUUCAGUUCUCCUUUUCUUGAAUGGAACAGCUCAGGUUAAUAUUUAUAAGUUAUAAUUGGGGGCACCUGCAAAAUUCCUUAACAAAAAGUUGUAAACUGCUCAAUGCAGUUUAGCUGAAGUCCCUUAAAAAGUACCAUAAAGUGUAUUAGAGCAUAAUAUUCAUAUGGAGAAUGUGCUAUACAAAUUCAUCCCAAUAUUUUACUUUCCACAAGUUAUGUGGCUCAUCCCUGACAUAAGCAGGCUCUUGUCUCACUUGGCUCACUCAGGGGGGAAUAAGAGCAAUUGGAGCACAGAAUCCUAAGGUUUGAGGUUCGAGGUUCAAUUCCUCCCAGGACUCAGAAUUUUUCCUAGUUUAUCCCACGCUCAGACAAGAUGAAAAAACAUCUUGCACUAUUUCUUUACUAAGCUCAGAAUUUACCAUAUUUGUUCUUAUUCCACUUACAAUUAAGAUGUUAUUUGUAAUAACUCAAUUUUAAAUAAAUGUUCAUCAUAGUCUACAGCCUGGCCAAACGCUGUUAAAUCACUGACUGGAUGGUUUAGCAAUAAGCAAAGGAUGACCAUUUUUGGUUUGUUUGGAACCAGUAGUUUUGCAGGAGGAAUUCUGGGAACAGCAAUGGCUGUGAGUACUGCAGCUGUGAACCCUUUCACUCCCUAGAUCUUAUGAGUAAUUCUCCUUACUGUCUGCCAUACAAUUCUUAUGAUAUUAGUUCAGAGAACUUGGAAUUGGAUCAACUAAUAAUUCUCCAAGUGACAUUUUUCUUUAUUCUCCCCACUUGCCUGCUUAACUUUGUAUUGAUAUUGUAAAGAGAAAUUCUGUCUUGGUCACACUUUGGAGUUAAAGGGUUUAGAAGAGUUUUCUGUUCAUGGUAAAUUUCAUCAAUUCAUUUUAUUUUUUUCAAUAAAUGAAAAGUGUUUUUUUUUUUUAUUUUUCAUUUUUUAUUGUAGGUUCAACUACUGUCUAUGUUUGCUCCAGAUAUGAAGAUGAUCUUUUUGAUACCAUCUAUUAUUGUGGUAGGUUUUCUAUGAAUUCAUUUCACCCCUUUACACCCUAAUAUCAGUAUGCAUAUUCUCCAUACUGUUCUCCAUACGUUUCUUAAGGUACUGACAAGGAGAAUCUGUUUGACAGUCAAGAGCCUCUUGUUUGGUGAUAAUUUUGUUAAUUCUCAUAACCUUUAUGUUUGAUUCAGGGGUGAUAUUGUAAGGAGAAAUUAGAUUCUAGUUAUUAGGAGUCAAAUGGUUAACAACCUUGCAUUUCUAAACUUUCUUUAAAAGAAAAAAAAUUAUAAGAGAUUCCUCUCGGAAAAAAAGCCUUCAUUGAAAUAUGUAAAACUAAACUCAGACAACUGGCAAUUUGUCAUUAACCUUCUCUUCUUUUAUAGCUUGUACAUUGAUCUUCUGCUAUUUGCUGAUCAGUGUUGAAGUGGUAUAAGAUCUUAUGACCUAGACAGACCUUUUGCUUGUAAUUUCCUUUUGUAGGGUAUCAUUGGUAUUUUGGAUUACUUGUUCCUCAAUUCUCCUUCAGAACUUGGGAUUCCUGAUGCUAAUGCAGGUAAAUUAUACCCUAAAACUGCCCUGAUCAAAUGUAUAAUUCUCCUCUCUAGUCACUAUUAAUACAAUUUGAUUUAGCUAAGUUAAAAGGAUUUGGCAUUUAAUCAGGAUAACAUAAUUUAGCUGAUAUGCUCCAACUGUAUUUUCAAAACCUAUGCAUGGGAAAAUGUAUGGAAGUGGGAGAAGAAAGAACCUGUUUAUCACCUUUAUCUUGUCUCUGGAUAAUUAUGUUUAUUAUUUGAGUUGAUGAUUUGAGUUAAUCACUAUAGAGAGUUUCUACAGCUGUUGCCUUGAGCAUAAGUCCUUUGUUAGCUCUCUUCUUGGAUGAAGAGCCAAUGCUCUUAACAUCACCUUCAUAGCUCGUCAAAGUGGCCAAUUUACAUUUAAUCAACUCAGUUGAUUAAACCAAAUUAUCUUGCAGUACUUUCCUUCGAGGCAGCACCACAGCACCCUGUUUAAAAACAAUUUUUGGAUUAGAUUUUUGUGAUAUCCAGAAUAAUCAGGGUUGAGUAGGGGUUAUCAGCCUCAGCCUUUGACUUUGGCUGAUAAUCGUAACCGAGAACUUAAAUAUUCUGAACAUCACCAAAACUGAAUUUAAUAAUUGUCUUAUUACUCAUUUAAUUUUGAAAAAAUGGUUAUGACAGUAAGUGAAACUGAUUAUUUAUUUCUAAAUGAGUAAAAAUAUACAAAUCAGUGAGAAACACAUGAUUACCCUUAGAAAUCAUGCACUGCAUUCAUACAUGACAUGAUUACCUGUGACCAUGAGUUUCCCUGACAUAUGAUUAUUGUAUAAUCUGCAGCUAGAUGACAUCCCAGGUGCUGAUUUUGAAAAUUCGCUGUAUGCUUUUGACCCAUUAGAGAAGUGAUAGCAAUUUGAAUGUAUAAAAAUAACCUAUCUCUGUUUGUUUGAAGAAUCAGCUGAGACCCCUUCAAAUACUCCAGAAACUGGUAACCCACCAGCUCAAUUGAGUUAUAGUCAACUGUGGAGUUUAAGGUAAGGCCUUCUUUUUUGCUAUGCUUUUCUUAACUGGCCCUAAUUGUUUAUAGGGUGGAUAACACUAUCCAUUGGAUAAAUCUUUAUUUGGUGGGUAGUGCAGUAAGUGUAGUAAGUGUAGGUAAUAACAUGAUUUCUAGUGCAAUUUGGUGUUAAUACCCAUGAGUAAAUUUUUCAAAGACAACAAAAUUGCCUGAGCCUGUAGGGCAAGUGCAAUUUGUAGUCUUUGGAAAACUGAUUUACAAGUGCUUAUUACAUCAAAUUGCACUUGAAAUUAUGUUAUUACUUGGUAAUAAUGUAAAACUAUAUAAAAAAACUUCACAGAAAGUCAAGACAAAUGAAAUUUUGAAAGGGUGCGUGCACCACUUGAGUUACAACUUUGCACUCGUUUUACAACUUUAAAUUCAUGUUACCAGAGAAUGCACUAGUUUUCAGCCAAUUAUAAGUGUGUAAUUUUUAUAUUGGUCAUCAUUUAUCCCCUGGAUAGAAAUUUUUCCAUAGGAUAGUGUUGGCUGCCCUUUCAAUAAAUGAGCCCAUAUCAUCAGUGUGCAUGGGUUUGCUUUAGGUCUUAGGCUCCACUUCCUAAAAACUUCUGCAUCUGUAUGCAAUUCAUUCAUGUUAAUGCCUCAUCUUAACAAUUUGAUUUGUGUUUAGGAUGAUCCCAGAACUCAGCUGGGCUACUUGUUGUGUAAAGUUGGUCAGAUAUUGUAUGUACAUGUGGCUGCCGAUGUAUCUUUACCAAGCGGUAAGUGCAGUUCACCCUUUAAUUACCAGAUCAAGUUCGUAAUUCUCCUUACUGUCAACCAUACAAUAUUCUUAUAAUGUUAGUUCAGAGAAUUUAAUAUCGGAUCAACUAAUUAUCCCCAAAUUAAUAUUUUUCUUUAUUCUCAUUACUUAUCUGGUUGAUAUUGUAUUGAUUUUGUAAAGAGAAAUUCUCUCUUGAUCACUCAUGGGAGUUAAAGGGUUAACAUUAAUUCAUUGUAUUUCCAAGACUUUUCAAGUAUUUUGCCCUAGAUGACUCCCAUAACUCUAGGCAUGUUCCUACACCUCCUUCCACCCGAGUUUAAGGUCUGUACUGUAGGUUACAGACCAGUUGUUUUCUGCUUGAAUUCAUGGCCCAAGCGAGAACAUAUUAAAUCAGAGCCGGAAAAAAAAAGGUUCCGUAACUUACGGUACGUACUGAGAAAACUAGGUGAGCAAUAUAUUCACUGGUUUCUUUAUGCCUUUGUUCAAGAACCGUUUGGGCUAUUCUUUUCAGAGCAUCUAAUCAUCAAAUUGUAGACCAAAAGAAUUAUACUAAAUAACAGAUCUAAAAUCCGAUUUCCCAUUAAUCCUAGGUCAUCUGAACAUAGCUUUAAACCACCCGGCCCAGGCUAAUAAAAAGAAUAAGACAUGAUCACAACAAUAUGCUUUUAAUUUCACCCAGCAACUUUAACACAAUAGGAAAUAAACCGAUACUGGGAGUACAAAAGAAUUUGGCUAGUGUGACCUUGAUAUACCCCACGUGCUCUUGUUUGGUCCCUGUCUCUGUUAAGCCCCUCUCAAUUUAGCCCCUCUCAAUUUAGCCCCUCUCUAUGGAGCUUCCUCUCUAUGGAGCCCCCACUCUUUGAAGCUCCCAUUCUUAUAAGCCCCUCUCUAAUAAUCCCCUCUCUAAAAAGCCCCCUCUCUAAGAAGCCCCCUCUCUAUGAAGCCCCUUCUCUAAUAAGCCUCCUAGUCGAACACCAACUCGCUGUUAUGCCUCUGUUAUAAGAGUAUACAAUUAAGAACAGAUAGAAAAACAGUCUCUGUUAAAUAAUUUAGACGCAAUGAAUAGUAGCUAGGUGGUUGAUUGGAUUUUGAGAUCUGAUGGUUUAAAAAAUGCUUUUUACUCGUAGCUCAACUACACCAAAAUCCAGGCGGGCUACUUGUCCACAGUGUUUGAAAUAGGAGGAGUCGUGGGUACUACCGCGUUGGGCUUUGUCGUAACCAGGUAAAAUGGUUGGAAAUUGUUUUAGUAGGAGUGUGAAUCAUUUCAGUUCUAUGCCAUCAGCGUUCAAUUGCUGACCGAGAGACAAGCGAAAGACUGCGCCAGCAAAAACGGCGGUUAUCAGGGCUGCGGUUUUCCUUCGCCUCAUUCCCGCCUUUUUCUGCACGCCCGCUUUUUCGCCUCCCUUCCACUAACUGAUAGCUUAGCAGUUUUAAGGUUAGCAUCAGCGAAAUUAAUUUUCAAAAUGUAUUGUGUAUCAGCAUCCUUCCCGCGAUCAGCGACAAGGGACGAUUCAGAAUCUAACUCGAUGUAACCUUUCUACGCGAAAAAAGCGAUUAGCCACUUGUUCUUUUCAGCUCAGACACGCGCGUUUCUCGCAAAACUCCUCUUAGAAGACCGUAUUAAUUUCAGGAUUAAAAGUCUGAAAUUAAACAUAUUAAAGUUGUAGGGGGAAAAAAGACUUUAUCACCAUGAGAUAAAGUUAUGCAAGUAGAAAACAGCAAAAAAAAAAUUGCGCGGAAAUUCGGUAGUGUGGCGCACGACAAGAAGUGCCUUACACUUUAUUCGCUGUUUUUUUACUCGCGCGACGGACUUCGCCGAAAUAGAAAUGCUCGUUGUCUAUGUUUGUCCUGUAAGCUAAUUUGCGGUCUGCACACUGGGCAAGUGAUCCUAAAGUAAGUAAUUUACUAAUCAUUUUGACUCGAUGUUGCAAGUUCCUACUACUGUAAUCAGUUGUUAGUUUCAUUCGUUUAAAGUCUCGGCCGUAUUUAAAAGAUUAAUCUUCACACCGAAACAGUGAUACAAGAAUGCAAAAAUUGGAAAUAGAGAAGGAAUGAUAAUAUGCAUUGUUGUUUUACGACUUCUAAAACUUUUAAUGGCUCAAAGAAAAAUGGUUAUUUAGAUACGGAUGAGACGUUCGUACGUUGGUGAGACUUUCAUGACAUUUGGUGGCUCCUAAAGGAGCCGUUUGUUUUGGCGGGAAACCCACGAAGCGAGUUUACUUGCUGCUAGUGUACUUUGUCACAGCCUUUGUUCCUUCACUGACGGCGUGUUUCGCCAGUUCGCCGGGCAGAAGCAGCCUGAUCGCAGUCUGGAUCUCACGGGAGCUGAUAGUCGAUUUCUUGUUGUAAUGGGCUAGGCGGGAAGCUUCGGUAGCGAUGCGCUCGAAGAUGUCGUUGACGAACGAGUUCAUGAUGCCCAUGGCUUUGCUGGAGAUACCAGUGUCAGGGUGAACUUGCUUCAACACUUUGUAGAUGUAGAUAGCAUAGCUUUCCCUUCUCUUUCCUCUCCUCUUCUUCUUUCCAUCAGCAGCAAUUGCCUUUGCCUUUCCGGCUUUCUUCUCGCCUUUCUUUCCUGCAACUUUGGGAGCCAUAAUAACUGAAGAACAGUUGUAACCUCAAUACCGAGCAACUCGAUGCUUCUUCAAUUUAUAGUGAAUAGACGGAAGGAUCAAUUAUCAUACGGAUCGAAAUCCUCGAUUGCUGAUUGGGUAUCAACCCAAAAUGACCACAGAGGUCAAACUUCUUUGUAUUUCAUUUCUUUUGUAAACAAACCAGAGACAACGGUUAUUGAAAUUCAAUCAGUCAACAAAGAUGUGAUUGGCGCUUUUCGAUCCUUCGUGCAUAAAUAACUAACCAUAAAUAUUGAAGUUCAUUCAUUCUCUUACAUUCUCGCAUCGAGUGAACUUUUCGAAAUAUUCAAACAUGUCUGGUCGCGGAAAAGGUAAAGCUAAGGGCACCAAGUCUAAAAGCCGCUCAUCCCGAGCAGGGCUUCAAUUCCCAGUUGGUCGAAUCCACCGUCUUCUCCGCAAAGGAAAUUACGCUGAGCGUGUUGGCGCUGGUGCACCAGUGUACUUGGCUGCUGUGCUCGAGUACUUGAGCGCUGAGAUCCUCGAGUUGGCGGGUAACGCUGCUCGUGACAACAAGAAAACAAGAAUCAUCCCCCGUCACCUUCAGCUGGCUGUCCGUAAUGACGAGGAGUUGAACAAACUGCUUGCCGGUGUCACCAUUGCACAGGGAGGUGUUCUUCCCAACAUUCAGGCUGUUCUUCUACCCAAGAAGACCGAGAAGAAACCAAAAGCUUAAACAAGUUUUCCACUUCCUACACCAAACGGCUCCUUUAGGAGCCACCAAAUACAAUUAAAGUCUUUAUCAACGGUUUUUAAUUCCUUUCAUAUCCGUCAAACAUACUCAAACUCAGAACUACAAAAAGAUGACUUGAACAGAAACGGUUCCACUCUCCCAGUUAAAAAACAUCCACUUUACUUACAAUACGAUAGAGUGGUUGCUUGCUGCAGCAGUUAAAAUUGUGGUCAAGACCUUUUCACAAAUAACUUGGCUGUCUUUCGUUGACGCGAUUUUGGACUGCAAGUGGUUAGCCAGCAAAAUCCCUGCGCUUUCAACUUGCGUCGAUUCGUGAUCUAUUAAUUUUUUUGACAAUUCUUUCGCCGUGACAAUUCACCAAUUUUUCUGUUUAAAAUGCACCAAUUCUGACAUGUGAUUUACGUGCAGAAAUCCGCGACGCUAACCGGUCAUUCUGCCUUGUCACCAGACCGUUACAGGAAUUGCGCCAAAAUUUUCUCGGAUUUUCUUUCAUCACCUACACUGCGCCAAGUAAAUAAAGCAACAAAUAUUUAUAUUUGACUGAUCAGCACUCGAUGACGCAAAGCUGUCUAUAAUAUUUUGCACCUGCAAACCCGACACAAAGUGAAAAGUUUAUUUUCUUUUCCUCGGACCACUCGAUGGAAGAACGUCAGACAUUGCACCAAAUUUGUCACGCGUGGAGGGUAUAUUGAAAUUUUUCUUGUUAUUCGAUACUGCAUCUGUGGUCGUCUCAGUUAGUAUAGCGGCCACAAAAUGUCACAGUCCAAUGCUUUCAAAAACCCGGCAACGCUCCGUAGUAGUGUUCUCUUUUUUUUUUGCGUUUCUGUGCAUUGUGAGUAACAUUACUAGAUCGCAUGCUUCAACAUUUAAAGACAAUUAUGUUUCAUGGACACGCAGGAAGAUGAAAGGCGGCCACUUCAUAUUCUACAAAACCCCGAGAAAAUGUACUCUGAAGUGGCUAUUCGGGCGCGCGCUUCACGUAGCAAGAAAUAAUAUAAUUCCAGCCUCUUUCUAAUCGAUUAUUUCAACAACUUUAUUGGUCACGACUUUUUUAAGACUUGGUGGCUCCUAAAGGAGCCGUUUGUUGUGUGAAAUGUCCGUCUAACCGCCAAAGCCGUACAGAGUGCGACCUUGUCUCUUCAGAGCGUAUACCACAUCCAUGGCUGUCACAGUCUUUCUCUUGGCGUGCUCGGUGUAUGUCACAGCAUCACGGAUCACAUUCUCGAGGAAAACUUUGAGAACACCGCGAGUCUCUUCGUAGAUCAGACCAGAGAUACGCUUGACACCGCCACGGCGAGCAAGACGACGGAUGGCUGGCUUAGUUAUACCUUGGAUGUUAUCCCGAAGGAUCUUUCGGUGACGCUUGGCGCCUCCUUUUCCGAGACCUUUACCUCCUUUACCGCGACCUGACAUGUUGAUUAAUACUCGAGUGACUGAGUUGUACCCGAAUGACUAGCGUUUAUAGGGGCAACAAUGACCUCUCAGAAAACAAGACAGGCGUAGCUUGGCAUUGGUUGAAUGCAGAACAAAGGGCUAAAGGCCAAAUUAUUUCAAAACAUAUAAUUCAAAUUAUCACGCAAGCACAGCUAUUUGUCAGCCUGCGCGCUACCAAAUCAAACAAGUGCUUACAUUUAGUUGAUGACAGUUCGUUUGAACUAUCACAAACCAAUUUCGUUAAGCAUUCUCUCGUUUAAAGCAAGUUUUUACACUGCUCAGAGAUGUUCCAAAGCCUUAUAAACCAUUCCAGGUCGAUUCGGAUCGAAAUACAACUACAAAACUAUGAUAUUAUUUACAGUUUCCACACUUGGCCAAUCAGAUCACUAAUUUUAUAGUUAAUCAGACACAAGCCCGUCAAAGUAUAAAUAGAUUUCGUUUUACAUAUUUGUUAUCACGAAACGUUUUCAAAGAAUGGCCCGCUCAAAGCAAACUGCUUGUAAAUCAACUGGUAGGAAAGCUCCACGUAAGCAGCUUGCCUCAAACUACUGCCCCUUUCUUGACAAAAUUGUUUAGAAAACAGAUCGGUGAAUAAUUGCAAGGUUUGGAAUCUUACUAAACGUACAGCAGACUGCUUUCAAAAAGAGUAUGAAAUAUUAUCAGUUUGCAAAAUGUUAUGUCAUGUCAGUUGUUAAAGGACCAAGACUGUGCCAGCAAAAACGGCGGUUAUCAGGGCUGCGGUUUUCCUUCGCCUCAUUCCCGCGGUUUUCUGAACGCCCGCUUUUUCGCCUCCCUUCCAUGAACUGAUAGCUCAGCAGUUUUAAGGUUAGCAUCAGUGAAGUUAAUUAAUAUAUAUUGUGUAUAAGCAUCCUUCCCGCUAUCAGCGACAAGGGACGAUUCAGAAUCUAACCCGAUGUUACCUUUCUACGCGCAAAAAAGCGUUAGCCACUCGUUCUUUUCAGCUCAGGCACAAGCGAUUCUCGCUGAACUCCUCAUAGAUGACCGUAUCAAUCUUAGGAUUAAAAAAGUCUGAAAUAAAUCAUAUUGAAAUUGUAGGAAAAAAAAACCUUUAUCUCCACGCGAUUAAGUUAUGCAAGAAGAUAACAGUAAAAAACAAAAUUGAUGUUGGCGCGCCGCGCGGAAUUUCGGAAGUGUGGCGCACGACAAAAAGCGCCUCACUUUUUAUUCGCUGUUUUUUUUAAUCGCGCCACGGACUUCACCUAGAAAGAAAGAAUGCUCGUUGUCAAUGUUUGUCCUGUAAGCUAAAUUACGGUCUGCACACAGGGCUAGUGAUCCUAAAAUUAGUAAUUUACUAAUCAUUGAUGUUGCAGGUUCCGACUACUCAAAUCUGUUUUAAAUUUCAUUCGUUCACACCGAAACAGUGAUACAAGAAUGAAAAAUAGGAAAUAUAGAAGGAAUGAUAAAAUGCAUUGUUGUUUUACGACUUUUAAAACCUUUAACGUUCGUACGUUGGUCAGACUUUCAUAACAUUUGGUGGCUCCUAAAGGAGCCGUUUGUUUUGGCGGGAAACCCACAAAGUGAGUUUACUUGCUGCUAGUGUACUUGGUCACAGCCUUUGUUCCUUCACUGACGGCGUGUUUGGCCAGUUCGCCGGGCAGAAGCAACCUGAUGGCUGUCUGGAUCUCACGGGAGCUGAUAGUCGAUUUCUUGUUGUAGUGGGCCAGACGAGAAGCUUCGGUAGCAAUGCGCUCGAAGAUGUCGUUGACGAACGAGUUCAUGAUGCCCAUGGCUUUGCUGGAGAUACCAGUGUCAGGGUGAACUUGCUUCAACACUUUGUAGAUGUAGAUAGCAUAGCUUUCCCUUCUCUUUCCUCUCCUCUUCUUCUUUCCGUCAGCAGCAAUUGCCUUUGCCUUUCCGGCUUUCUUCUCGCCUUUCUUUCCUGCAACUUUGGGAGCCAUAAUAUCUGAAGAACAGUUGCAACCUCAAUACCGGGCAACUUGAUGCUUCUUCAAUUUAUAGUGAAUAGACGGAAGGAUCAAUUAUCAUACGGAUCGAAAUUUGCGAUUGCUGAUUGGGUAUCAACCCAGAAUGACCGCAGAGGUCAAACUUCUUUGUAUUUCAUUUCUUUUGUAAACAAACCAGAGACAACGGUUAUUGAAAUUCAAUCGGUCAACAAAGAUAUGAUUGGCGCUUUUCGAUCCUUCGUGCAUAAAUAACUAACCAUAAAUACUGACGUUCAUUCAUUCUUUUUCCUACAUUCUCGCAACGAGUAAACCUUUCGAAAUAUUCAAACAUGUCUGGUCGCGGAAAAGGUAAAGCUAAGGGCACCAAGUCUAAAAGCCGCUCAUCCCGAGCAGGGCUUCAAUUCCCAGUUGGUCGAAUCCACCGUCUUCUCCGCAAAGGAAAUUACGCUGAGCGUGUUGGCGCUGGUGCACCAGUGUACUUGGCUGCUGUGCUCGAGUACUUGAGCGCUGAGAUCCUCGAGUUGGCGGGCAACGCUGCUCGUGACAACAAGAAAACAAGAAUCAUCCCCCGUCACCUUCAGCUAGCUGUCCGUAAUGACGAGGAGUUGAACAAACUGCUGGCUGGCGUCACCAUUGCACAGGGAGGUGUACUUCCCAACAUCCAGGCUGUUCUUCUACCCAAGAAGACUGAGAAGAAGCCAAAAGCCUAGACAAUGUUUUCACUUACACAAAACGGCUCCUUUAGGAGCCACCAAAUACAAUGAAAGUCUUUACCAAUUGUUCUUUUAUUCCUUCCAUAUCCGUCAAACAUUCAAAGGAUAACCUGAACAGAAGUUGUCUCACUUUUCCAGUUCAAAAAUAUCUUCUUUAUUAAUUACAUGAAAGAGUGGUUGCUUGGUGUUUGGUCAAGACCUUUUUCACGCACUAAAAUUCGUUAAGGUUAUUAUGGAAUCAUGUGCUCCCGAUUUAAAAUAUCUUGGCGGUCUUUCUUUGUAGUGAUUUUGGACUCCAAUUGGGUAGCCGCCAAGAUCCUUGCGUUUCAACUCACGUCGAUUCGUGGGCUAUGAAUUUUUUUUUUUUAUUAGUGGUUCACAAUUCUUUCGCCGUGACAAUACCCCAAAUUUUCAGUUAAAAUUACACCAACUCUGACAUGUGAUUUAUGUGCAGAAAUCCGCGACGUAAGCCGGUUCUUCUGCAUUGUCCCUAGACCGUUACAGGAAUUGCGCCAAAAUUUUCUCGCAUUUUCUUUCAUCACCUACACUGCGCAAAGUAUAGAAAGCAACGAAUAUUUAUAUUUGACAGAUCUCGAUGACGCAAAGCUGUCUAGAAUGUUUUGCGCUUGCAAAUGCGAUACAAAGUGAAAAGGUUUCUCUCUUUUCGUUGGACCACUCGAUGGAAGAACAUCAGAGACAUUGCGCAAAAUUUGUCACGCCUGGAGGGUAUAUAAAAAUUUUUCUUGUUAUUCGCUGCUGCACCUGUGGUCGUCUCAGUAAGUAUAGCGGCCACAAAAUGCAUGGUUCAAAGCUUCCAAAAACCCGGCAAUGCUCCGUAGAAGUGUUCUCUUUUUUUGCGCCUAUGUGCAUUGUGAUUAACUAUAAAAGAGAGCAUGCUGCAACAUAUGAGAAAAUUUAUGAUUCAUGACUACGCAAGAAAACGAAAGACGGCCACUUCUUGUUUUACAAAUUUUCGAACUUCAAAACUGAAUAAUCUAACCAGACACUGAGGAAAGCAAUUUUCUCGCUCGCUGUAUUAGCCACAAUAUUACAAAACUCAGACCGUUUAUAUCAAUUCUAACACUCAACAAAUUCAACAGACAAGAAAAUGUACUCUAAAAUGAAAUUCAAUGUGGCCAUUCGGGUGCGCGCUUCACGUAGCAAGAAAAAAUAUGAUUCCAAUCUUUCUAAUCGAUUAUUUCAAUCAUUUUAUUGGUCACGACUUUUAUAAGAUUUGGUGGCUCCCAAAGGAGCCGUUUGUUUGUGUAUCGAAGUGUCCGUCUAACCGCCAAAGCCGUACAGAGUGCGACCUUGUCUCUUCAGAGCGUACACCACAUCCAUGGCUGUCACAGUCUUUCUCUUGGCGUGCUCGGUGUAUGUCACAGCAUCACGGAUCACAUUCUCGAGGAAAACUUUGAGAACACCGCGAGUCUCUUCGUAGAUCAGACCAGAGAUACGCUUGACACCGCCACGACGAGCAAGUCGACGGAUGGCUGGCUUAGUGAUACCUUGGAUGUUAUCCCGAAGGAUCUUUCGGUGACGCUUGGCGCCUCCUUUUCCGAGACCUUUACCUCCUUUGCCGCGACCUGACAUGUUGAUUAAUACUCGAGUGACUGAGUUUUGCCCGAAUGACUAGCGUUUCUGUUAUUUUAUAGGGUCAACAAUGACCUCUUAGAAAACAAGACAGUUGUAGCUUGGCAUUGGUUGAAUGCAGAACAAAGGGCUAAAGGCCAAAUUAUUUCAAAACAUAUUAUUCAAAUUAUCAUGUAAGCACAGCUAUUUGUUAGCCUGCGCGCUACCAUCCUUUGCAAUCAAACAAGUGCUUACAUUUAGUUGAUGACAGUUCGUUUGAACUAUCAAAAACCAAUUUCGUUAAGCAUUCUCUCGUUUAAAGCAAGUUUUAACACUGCUCAAAGAUGUUCCAAAGCCUUAUAAACAAACCAGGUCGAUUCGGAUCGAAAUAUGACUACAUAACUGUGAUAUUAUUUACAGUUUCCACACUUGGCCAAUCAGAUCACUCAUUUUAUAGCCAAUCAGAUACAAGCCCGCCAAGGUAUAAGUAGAUUUAGUUUUACAUAUUUAAUGUCUCGAAACGUUUUAAAAGAAUGGCCCGCACCAAGUAAACUGCGUGCAAAUCAGCUGGUGGGAAGGCUCUAUGUAAACAGCUUGCCUCAAAUUACUGCCCCUUUCUUGACAAACUUGUUUAGUUUCGCAGAAUUUCCCACUUGCGUUGCUAAGAAUUCCGCACACGUUGGUUCAGUAAUCUUGGACUGUAUACUUUCUCUUGAUUCAGGCUUUAUAGACGACAAUUCAAUAUCACAUGUUCCGUUCUGGGAUCUAUCUACUCUAUUACAAUCUAAUCUUAGGGUUACAAAAAUGUUACAUUUAUUAGCUGAGUAAAUCCACACCCAGGUGCGUAGUUCCAUGUGGGAUUCAAGAUUCACUCACGUUCUACAACAAUCCGUAGGCACUAAUUUCCUAUUAAAUAUGGCUCUACUUGACAAUCAUGCUGUUAAGUUCCUACGCGCUUAAACGCCUAGCAAAUACCUAAUUUCAUACAUCACUGCUGGCUGAACUAAUUUGAUUAUCCUAUGCCGCUCCCAAUUACAUGUUACUUCUAAUUGUAACGUUGACUCUGUGCUUUAACGGUAACGAAAUUACAACUCACUUAAUACAAAAUAAAAUUGACAAUAAAUCUAGGAAAUAAAUUUUUGCGUGGAAACAUUUCUCAACAUUUAGAAAACACAUCGGUGAACAAUUGCAAGGUUUGGAAUCUUACUAAACGUACAGCAGACUGCUUUCCAAAAGAGUAUGAAAAUGUUAUCAAUUCGAAAAAUUUCAUGACGUGUCGGUUUUUAAAGGAUCAUAUACUACGCUUCCUCGUUAAUUUACAGUUUCUUCAUCCGUUAGACAAGCUUAGUAAGCAGUAAAGACCUCUUUACUAUUUCAAUUAUUAGAGCACUUUGGCAGAAAUUGAAGCAUUUAAGUCUCCUGCGUGACGAGACCAAACAAUGGUUGCGAAGGAGACUAGGACCAUCUAUCUAGGAUAAAUCAUUUAAAAUUUGCUUCCAUGUUAUCUCUUUCGACGGUUGGCUAUCUCUGCAACUACAGUGAACUUUCGUUUUGCGUGUGUAUGAGUUUGUUUUUCAAUCUCGGAUAAUACGCCAAAGAAUAUUCAUUAAGGGUCAGACUGUUAAAAAUCUUUUAUGCGAAGAUACGUAUAUGAUCAUUUCGCUGAAACUGCACACCCACAAAAAAUUUAAUGGUGACAGCGAUCAUAAAAAUUUUCCUUUUGAAAUGAUAUACACGAGAAUGUGUAACCAUUGACAGAGUGUGUCGUUCUCGAACCGAAUUUUUUAUAUCAACACGUGAAGUCUUUUACCGAAGCCUUCUCUGUAAUUCUAGGAUAGAAAAAACCUAUCAAGGGAAGACACUAACUUGACGAAGGUCGAUGCGAGACAAUUCUUAGGAGUUGAAACCCCAAUUGUAUUAUAGGGAGUCAUUGAUCAUUGCUUUUUUUCAUGUGGUGGCUCCUAAAGGAGCCGUUUGUUUGAAUGUUGAUGCAGUCCACUUAUGCUCGUUCUCCGCGGAUUCGGCGGGCCAGCUGAAUGUCCUUGGGCAUGAUGGUGACACGCUUGGCGUGGAUGGCGCACAAGUUGGUGUCUUCAAACAGUCCGACAAGGUAAGCCUCGCUAGCUUCUUGAAGAGCCAUCACAGCCGAGCUCUGGAAACGCAGAUCGGUCUUGAAAUCUUGGGCGAUUUCUCGCACAAGACGCUGGAAGGGCAGCUUGCGGAUCAACAGCUCGGUGGAUUUCUGGUAACGACGGAUCUCACGAAGAGCGACUGUACCAGGCCUGUAUCGAUGAGGUUUCUUGACUCCACCGGUCGCAGGGGCGCUCUUACGGGCUGCUUUUGUGGCGAGCUGUUUUCGUGGAGCUUUCCCACCAGUUGAUUUACGCGCAGUUUGUUUUGUACGAGCCAUUUUUUGAAAAGAUUCGAGUAACAAGAAAGCUAACUGAGUAUAAUACCGAUUGCUUACAAAUCCAUUUAUACCUUGGCGGGCUAGCAUCUGAUUGGCUUUAAAAUAAGAGAUCUGAUUGGUCGAGUGUGGGAACUGUAUAUAAUAUCACAGUUAUGUAGUUGUAUUUCGAUCCGAAUCGACCUGGAAUAGUUUAGAAGGCUUUGGAACAUCUUUGAGCAGUGUAAAAACUUGCUUUAAACGAGAGAAUGCUCAACUAAACUGGUUGAGUGGUAGUUUAAACGAACUUUUAUAAAACAGAUGUCAACACUUGUUUGAUUGCAAAGGUUGUUAGCGUGCAGUAGUAGGAGUGCUAACAUGCUGGUUUGUGAGAUUGAUUACUAAUUUGGCCUUUAGCCCUUUGUUCUGCAUUCAACCAAUACCAAGCUACGUCUGUCUUGUUUUCUGAGAGGUCAUAGUUGCCCUUAUAAAAUAACAGAAACGUAAUUCAUUCAGUCAUAACUCAGUCACUCGAGUAACAAUCAGUAUGUCUGGUCGCGGCAAAGGAGGUAAAGGUCUCGGAAAAGGAGGCGCCAAGCGUCACCGAAAGAUCCUUCGGGAUAACAUCCAAGGUAUCACUAAGCCAGCCAUCCGUCGACUUGCUCGCCGUGGGGGUGUUAAGCGUAUCUCUGGUCUGAUCUACGAGGAAACUCGCGGUGUUCUCAAAGUUUUCCUUGAGAACGUCAUCCGUGAUGCUGUGACAUACACCGAGCAUGCCAAGAGAAAGACUGUGACAGCCAUGGAUGUGGUGUACGCUCUGAAGAGACAAGGUCGCACUCUGUACGGCUUUGGCGGUUAGACGGACGCUUCAUUACACAAACAAACGGCUCCUUUGGGAGCCACCAAGUCUUGAAAAAGUCGUAAUCAAUAAAAUGGUUUUCGUCAUUGAUAAAAUGUACUGACCUACCCCACCAGGACGGGAGCCGCACUAAACACAGCGUAUCAGCAUCCUUCUGCGAAAAUUCGUUGCGAAAUAUUGUUUUAUACGAUUUUAAUUUGAAGAGAGAAUCAAAGUGUCUAAUCAAAGAGCGAGGACACAGCUUUCCUACUUGUCUCCAGUGGUUUUAUGUUUGGGAUUAGUGGUUAUGGGAAAGCUCGCGGCCGUUUUGAUCUUGCUGCGUCUCGUUUACUUUCUAAGACUGAUUGACCUUUGGUACUGGACCUUGCGAUCACAAACACGCAUUUGGACAUUAUGUCGCAAUUUUUGUAACGUUCCUUUUCAAGGCUUACUGUAAACGGAACGAAAUGAUAUGAAAAUCUGUAAUUUGCGAAAUAAGAUUUCUACUUUGCAAAUUACAGAUUUUUCGUUUCGUAAUUUACAUAUUUCUCUUUCGAAAAUUACAGAUUUAAAUUUCGCAGAUUAAAGAUUUGCAUUUCGUUUCGUUUUGCAAAUGAUAGUAAGCUAUUGGAAGCGAAUAGUGCACUCUAUUUGUGAGUUAUAAUGGUUCUUAAUGCCUAGUACCCUCUUUAGAUCCUAUAACCAAGCUCAAGAUAUUUUAAGAUAUUGUUUUUUUAAGCUUUGGAUGAUCGAGUAUUGAUUAGUCACACAUUAGUAUCCAAUACUGUUUGGCACAAUGUAGGUAACGUGUUCUUCGGAGCGCAAAAAUUUGUGCGCGCUAAUGGACUAUGAUCUUUUGCUCGCUUUCGGUUCAGAUAAACUCCCAUUAUAGUCUUGGACUUGGAAAUUAAACGAGGAAAGUUUCGGCAUAUAUGUAUUAGUUACUUUUUAGCGCAGUGUAGAUAAUCUUCCACGCUGGAAUCUUACAUCAGUUCUUUCAUCAGUGAUGUGUGAGUCAAUUUUGGCGGUAUUUCUGUAACGUUCUUAUCGAUCCGGUGAAAAACCGGAUAGCGCAUUGUGGGUGUUUGGCGAAAGAAUUGAAAAUCACCGAAACACUUCGUUGACCAUGAAUCAAUUUCAUUUGAAAGCACAUGGAUUUUGGCGGCGAACCAUUGUCCGUCCAAAUGAGCGUAUGACCGCCAAUUCCUUGUGGGACAGGAGCACCUAAUGUUCAGAUCGAAUUUGAAAUCACAAAAUUGACCAUAAUUUUCCGACUGCCACAAGUAGCGACCAAACUUCCUGUAGUGACUGAAUAGGAUACUUUUAUUUAACUGGGGAAGUGGUAUCUCUUAUGGCAAUUUUAUUUGUAUUUUUUUUAAUUAAAGCAAGUUUGACGAAUUUUUAAGGAAUAACAAACGGUUGAUCGAGACUUUUGUCGUAUGUGGUGGCUCCUAAAGGAGCCGUUUUGUAUAAGCAGUGAAAGCUUGUUUAGGCUUUCGGUUUCUUCUCGGUCUUCUUGGGUAGAAGAACAGCCUGGAUGUUGGGAAGAACACCUCCCUGCGCAAUGGUGACGCCAGCCAGCAGUUUGUUCAACUCCUCGUCAUUACGGACAGCUAGCUGAAGGUGACGGGGGAUGAUUCUUGUUUUCUUGUUGUCACGAGCAGCGUUGCCCGCCAACUCGAGGAUCUCAGCGCUCAAGUACUCGAGCACAGCAGCCAAGUACACUGGUGCACCAGCGCCAACACGCUCAGCGUAAUUUCCUUUGCGGAGAAGACGGUGGAUUCGACCAACUGGGAAUUGAAGCCCUGCUCGGGAUGAGCGGCUUUUAGACUUGGUGCCCUUAGCUUUACCUUUUCCGCGACCAGACAUGUUUGAAUAUUUCGGAAGGUUCACUCGAUGCGAGAAUGUAAGAGCAUGAAUGAACUUCAAUAAUUAUGGUUAGUUAUUUAUGCACGAAGGAUCGAAAAGCGCCAAUCACAUCUUUGUUGACCGAUUGAAUUUCAAUAACCGUUGUCUCUGGUUUGUUUACAAAAGAAAUGAAAUACAAAGAAGUUUGACCUCUGCGGUCAUUUUGGGUUGAUACCCAAUCAGCAAUCGAGGAUUUCGAUCCGUAUGAUAAUUGAUCCUUCCGUCUAUUCACUAUAAAUUGAAGAAGCAUCGAGUUGCCCGGUAUUGAGGUUACAACUGUUCUUCAGAUAUAAUGGCUCCCAAAGUUGCAGGAAAGAAAGGCGAGAAGAAAGCCGGAAAGGCAAAGGCAAUUGCUGCUGAUGGAAAGAAGAAGAGGAGAGGAAAGAGAAGGGAAAGCUAUGCUAUCUACAUCUACAAAGUGUUGAAGCAAGUUCACCCUGACACUGGUAUCUCCAGCAAAGCCAUGGGCAUCAUGAACUCGUUCGUCAACGACAUUUUCGAGCGCAUCGCUACCGAAGCUUCCCGCCUAGCCCACUACAACAAGAAAUCGACCAUCAGCUCUCGUGAGAUCCAGACAGCCAUCAGGUUGCUUCUGCCAGGCGAACUGGCCAAACACGCCGUCAGUGAAGGAACAAAGGCUGUGACCAAGUACACUAGCAGCAAGUAAACUCACUUUGUGGGUUUCCCGCCAAAACAAACGGCUCCUUUAGGAGCCACCAAAUGUUAUGAAAGUCUGACCAACAAACGAACGCACCAUCCGUAUCUAAAUAAGCAUUUCCUUUUCGCCAUUAAAAGUUAUAAAAGUCGUAAAACAACAAUACAUUUUAUCAUUCCUUCUCUAUUUCCCAUUUUUGCAUUUUUGUAUCACUGUUUCGGUGUGAAGACUAAUCUUUUAAAUGCGGCUGAGACUUUGAACGAAUAAAAUUUUAAACCGGUUACGGUAGUCGGAAUUUGCAACGCCAAGUCAAAUUGAUUAGUAAAUUACUAACCUUAGGAUCACCAGCCCUGUGCGCACACCGCAAUGUAGCUUCUAGGACAGACAUGGACCACGAGUGAUCUUUAUUUUUUCGGCGAAGUCCGUCGGACGAGCAAAAAGAAAAAAAAAACAGCGAAUAAAAAGUGAGGCACUUUUCGUGCGCUCUCUGAAAUUCCGCGCGGCGCGUUAACAUCAAUUUUGUUUUUUGCUGAUUUUUCUUUUGAAGUCGCGCGACAGGCUUCGACGACAAGGACUAUACUCGUAGUCUAGAACAAGAGCUAAUCUUUUUCGUUGACGAACUACUUGCAUUCAUCUCCCUUGCCCUCCCCACUGGUCUCAUCCUCUUACUUCCUCCUACCUCCGGCCCUCGCCUCUCCCUGCCUUCCCCUUCUCCCCUUGCCUCCCCAGCCCCCGUCUGAAAAGUGAAAAAAUGAAUCUUUUCCGUCGGCUCCCUUUUUUUUGUUUCAGAGAGAUUAAUAUCACUGACUAUGUUUCAGGUUACUUCAGGGUAGAGCUGUAUAUGGUGUGACUCUGGCUCUGUUGGGAAGCACAGUUUUCAUGGCUCUUUUCCAGUACACGGGAGACUGGGGCCUCAUGGUGAACGCGUUAUUCAUGUUCCUGGCCGGAGCCUGCAAUUGUGGCGUUGAUCCGUAUUUGAGUGGUUCAAUUCCUGCAGAGAUUGGUGAGCGGGAUAAUGCACAGGCAGCUGCAACUGGCCUUGUCAAUGGUAGGUAGGAAUCGGGUCGCUGUCAAGAUCUAGUUGCUUGGAUAAACCCCUUCCCUUUCCCAAACCUGUUUAUUUAGAGGGUUGGGUGUACUUUUAUUUACUGGAUAGGAGUCUUUCAGGCGCGUGGAGGUGAACGCAAGGGUUACACGAGGGGCGCCCCUCUCAUUGCGCUGGCCCCUCGUGUUCGCGCCGCAUUUCACUCUGCUUGCGUGAAAAACGCAGAGGAAAAAAAAGACCUGUUUUGGACGCUAGGCGAAAUCUUGAGAAAGAAGAUUGUAGUGUAUAAUUGCUCGUCUGAGAAAUUUCCAGUUGGGGCUGAGUUUCUAUCAAUACGCGCUGUGCUCGAUUAAGGAAACUCGCGCCGCCAUCUGCACCAAUCUGACGGAAAAAUCAACCAACCGCAACUUGACCACAAGCGGUUUCCCGACUCCGACAGAAGCGGCUCUAAGAAAUAAGGACACAGACGACAACGGGAACAGCAAAACCCGCGAAGAUACUGGGUGUAGAGAAUGCCUUUGAGGCGGGAAUUUACAAACAAUAGUUUGCCCUCCUGUAAUGCCUUCGCAUUACUUUACCUUUUUUGUCCAACACACAGGUGAUAAGCGCUCUAACGUUUAAUAUCCCCUUUCCUUUUCAGGGUUUGGUGGUGUUGGCCCUAUAAUUGAAGGGCCCGUUGUGGGUUGGAUCGCUGACAGGUACGGCUGGACAGGGCCCUUUUACUUGAUGGUGGCCACGUCCCUUCUUAGCUUUCUUAUAAUGGUGAAGGCCCAGAGGAUGGAACAGUCGAUGAAACGGGCGCAAUUUAUGGGAACUAUAACUGCAGAAACAGCCUGAAGGACCCUGUGUAUAGCAAAGUAGACGCGCGGAACAGUCACGGAGAGAGUGCGGCAAUUAGUGAAAAUACUAGUUUCGUUCCCAGAUCGUUGUUUUUUGAUCGUAUUUCAAUCUCGAGCCCAAGGUUAUUUUGGUUCCUUGUCAGUUUGUAUGGUCGCCAAGCACCGCAGGCGAGGAGUCAAAAUUACCCUGGGCUCGAGAUUGAUCGUAUUUGUGAACAUCUGUGAGCCGUGAGAGGCCUGGAACGAAGAUUACGGGAACUUUUAGAAAGUAUAUGAGAAAUAUUUAUAAGAAAUUUUUUUGUUUACCGCACAAAAUUUUACAUGCAAGAUUAAGCGUUUGGUUACAUUAACGCAUCCCCUAAUGACUCAAAUACCCGCCGCGCCGUUGCGACUACUUUGCAUUCUUUUUACAAUCUGUUACAACAUUCUUAUUUUCUUUGUGGGGGAAAUAUUGAUCGUUAGUUUAUGCAAGUAGAACAUGUGUUGGGGGUGAAUAAAAAUAUUAAUAUCCUCACUGGAUGUAAUGCCAGUGCAGAGAAGAUUUUAAUUUCAUG